AUGCCACAGCUAGAUACAUCAACCUGAUUUAUUACUAUUGUAUCAAUAAUUAUAACACUAUUUAUUAUAUUCCAACUAAAAAUCUCAAAAUAUCUAUACUCAUCAAAUCCAGAGCCCAAACCUAUGACCACACUAAAACAACUUAAUCCCUGAGAGAAAAAAUGAACGAAAAUCUAUUCGCCUCUUUCACUACCCCAACAAUAA